CGAGAAAUGGAAUUUGGUUUUCCACAUCCCUGGCACUUCACGAUUUCGUUCGUUUAGUGAGCACGCGGCUUCGCCAAGGGUCAAUUCUGCAAAAGAAGUUUUUAUUCUGUGACUUUUGUAAGAAGUUAAUCAACUGAAGCAAAAUGGGCAAGGAUUUCGAUGCUGUUGGAUUCGUCAAGGACUUCGCUGCCGGAGGCAUCUCCGCAGCCGUCUCAAAGACUGCCGUCGCCCCCAUCGAGCGUGUGAAGCUGCUCCUGCAGGUUCAGCACAUCUCGAAACAAAUCAGCCCCGACAAGCAGUACAAGGGCAUGGUUGAUUGCUUUAUCCGCAUUCCAAAGGAACAGGGUUUCGGCUCGUACUGGCGCGGUAACUUGGCCAACGUCAUCCGUUACUUCCCAACCCAGGCUCUUAACUUUGCCUUCAAGGACAAGUACAAGCAGGUCUUCCUGGGAGGUGUUGACAAGAACACCCAGUUCACCCGCUACUUCUUGGGCAACUUGGCCUCCGGUGGUGCUGCUGGUGCUACCUCUCUGUGCUUUGUCUAUCCCUUGGACUUUGCCCGUACUCGCUUGGCUGCUGAUACUGGCAAGGGUGGAGCUCGCGAGUUCACCGGUCUGGGCAACUGCUUGACCAAGAUCUUCAAGAGCGACGGCAUCGUUGGAUUGUACCGCGGCUUCGGAGUGUCCGUCCAGGGCAUCAUCAUCUACCGUGCCGCCUACUUCGGCUUCUACGAUACCGCUCGCGGCAUGUUGCCCGAUCCCAAGAACACACCCAUCUACAUCAGCUGGGCCAUCGCCCAGGUUGUGACAACCGUUGCUGGCAUUGUCUCCUAUCCCUUCGAUACUGUCCGUCGUCGCAUGAUGAUGCAGUCUGGCCGCAAGUCCACCGAGAUCAUCUACAAGAACACACUGCACUGCUGGGCAACCAUCGCCAAGCAGGAGGGCACCGGCGCCUUCUUCAAGGGUGCCUUCUCCAACGUUCUCAGAGGCACUGGCGGUGCUUUCGUGCUUGUGUUGUACGAUGAGAUCAAGAAGUUCUUGUAAAUUAAAUUAUUAAAUUAUUCAAAAACAAGCAAAAAUACAACAACAACAUACAACAAAACAACAAAACACUACCAGCUAAUUAUGUUAGAUAACUGAGAAUGCGAGAACAGCAAACGCAAUGUAAAAGUUAAAGUAAAAAAAAAUCCAAAACCAAACAGCAAGUUUCGAUCUUACCAAGAACAACGGCAAGCAAUAACUACUACUACUACUGCUACCCUUCCUUCCCCACACACCCCCGCGAUUUCGUAAUAAUUAACGAAAUUAUAUUAUAUAUAAUAACUGGGAUAUUAAUUGUGGAACGAUGGCCAGUAGAGGAGUCAGAGAAUCAGCACCAGAGAAUCAAUAGAACAAGAACACUAGACAGUCGGUGGAGGGGCGGUGGAGAGGGGGCGGCCUAUAUGACGAAAUAGUAUUAUUAAGUCUUCAAGGCUAGGCUACUACCAUUUACCAUCUACCAUCCCCAUCCCCCCGAGCCAGAAACGGAGAAUGUUAUCGAUCGGAGGACGCAGCAGUGCCUGCUGCAGAAUCAACCCAACACCUGUAGAUUCUCAGCCUCCGACACAACAAACCACAAACUCAACUUCGGUUGGUUUAAAAAUAUAUAAAAAUUGAUAAAAAUAGUA